UUAUUUCAUUCUAGCUUAACGUCAACAGCCGUUUCAAUCGGCGCGGCUGGAAUUCCGCAGGCAGGCUUAGUUACCAUGGUAAUAGUGUUACAAGCCGUUGGGUUACCGACAGACUACAUCGCCCUGCUAUUCUCAGUUGAUGUCCUUCUGUGAGUAUUCACCAUGUUUGUCAGAAUAUUUGUCUACUUGACUGGACAAUUGUAAUUCUGAAUCCCUCAACGCGUUUGAAAGUGAAGACCAGCCGCCAAUUAACACUUACUCCUAAUUCACGUUUAAGUUAACAACCAUUACAAAGACUACAACGCCUUAUCUGGCUAUUCCUCCCCAGGCUGGCUAUGCGGGUAUGUUGGACAUCUUUCUCGGGCGUAAAGCUACAAAUCAACCGCAUAAAAUGACCGCAUCUUACGUAACAGUCAGAGAAUAGGAAACACGGCAGCGAAUUUGUCGAGUUUCUUUUUGUAACUGAAUACCAAAAUUAACUAAGAGGAUUACAAUACCACUGAUAUACAAGCUAAAUCCCACCAGCUAAUUCCAGGGCUCAGAUAUAAUCGGGACAAAACGUUGUUGUCAACGUUUGCACAGUGGGCCAGGUUUUUGGUCUGAGAAUGAGAGAAGUUGAUCUGUAAAUUUCCCCGAUUGACGUUACAUAGUAACAAGCCGUAGCUUCGUUUGUAUCGAGUAUAAAUAAAUCGCGAGAGGUUUGGAAAUGAGUAACCGGUCUCUUGUUAGCCAUGUUAGGGAAUGUAUAAAACAGCCAAAAGGAAACAUUGGCCUCGAAGGGGCCUUGCUGUAAAUGAUACUUCUUCUUGCUAUGGACUGAACAGGUCUCUUCUCUCCCUAAUUUCUGUUCCAGGGAUCGCCUGCGUGGCAUAGUUAACAUCAUGGGCGACUCCUAUGGCGCCGCGAUUGUCGAACACCUGUCUCGUAACGACCUUCUUCAGCUGGAGUUCGAAUCACGUGACCCAAUGAGCGAACAGUUGGUUGAUCUGGGUACCAGGUUCACUCCAAAGUGUGACGUUUAUGGGAGGGUUACAGUGCAAGCAAGGGAUGAUGAGAAUGCGAACGAAAGGCUUAUGGAUAAGGAGCGAUCCUUUGAUGAAAAUUUAGAUGACGAUAAACCACGGCUUACUGAAACCACCUUUUAG